AUGGCUCGAGAUUCUCUUACAAACGGUAGUGCAAAUCUUAAUGGGGCCAACCCACCGCCUAGCGCGUCCGAGGCAGCUAACACCAGAUUCCGUCAUCGGAAAAUCUCCGUCAAACAGAGACUGCAGGUGUACAAGGUCUCAGACCUGCGAAAACUAGACAAGGAUGAGUUGCAACAGCGUGAAUUGAUGGAAAUUGAAACUGGUGUUGACAAAAAUGAGGAGAAAGAAGAGCAUUUGCAUCAAAUUUUGCAGAAAAACGAGUUGGCCCGACGCGAUCUUUACAUUCCGACGCCGGAUGCCUCCAGGACGUGGCAGGAAUAUCCCAAACUCUAUCAGGGUAGCUUUGUAGAGCCUCGAACAUAUAUUCGCUUUUCUGCCACUGUUGAAGAUUGUUGUGGCUCAAGCUAUAAUAUGGACGAACGAGACGAGGAGUUUUUGCAGAACACCUUUCGGAGCAACACGAAGGGGGGUAAAGGUGCGGUCACAGCCUUAAGUGAGAACGAGUUUGAGCUCAUGUGUAGUAGUUUUGAGGCCGCAAUUCAAGAGAGACAACCUUUUCUCAGCAUCGACCCAGAAAAUAUUUUGUCUUUAGCGGAGUUGAAACCCACCAUUUUCAAACGUGACGUAGGCGAUUCUGGUAUCAAGGACCGCCUAGCUCAGGAAAUAGGUCUUCGACCACAACAGGCCUUUAUUACCCAGUUCGAUACCGCUGGCAGUCAAGAUACCCGAUCGCUUGCUACAUUAAUAGGGAAAUAUGGCGAUCAAGUUUACACCCACUGGAAGAACCGCAAGAUAGAAGCGCAUGGCAACUCGAUCAGUCCGCAAUUGAAGUUUGAAAGGCAUGGUGGAGAACGAGAUGAAAAUGACCCCUAUGUUUGUUUUCGCAGACGUGAAGUUAGACAGGCACGAAAAACCCGGAGGGUCGAUUAUCAAAAUAGUCACAAAUUGCGACUCCUAGAUCAACAACUGCAGUACACCAAGAGAUUAGCGCUACUCAUUGCAAAACGUGAAAAACUGUCUUUGGAUAUGAUAAAUGAUGAUUUGAGAGUCUUUGAGAUGAGAAGGGAUAUCAAGCCUGUCAAGCGGUCUUUAGGAAUUAAAGGUGAAGACGACUCUUUACUUGUGGAUAGCAGAAAGCGUAAACUGGUCAGCAACGUAGUACUGAAUGCCCCUUCGGAGACAACUUCCAAGAAGGCCAGGCCUAAACUCAAGAAGUCUCAAACCGAACCAGGCCAAUCCAAAUCUUCUACUUCAAAAGUGGGCAAACAGCACCAAUCACAAGCUCAACAAGCUCAACACCAGUUGGCCCAACAACAACAGCAACAGCAGCAGCAGCAGCAACAACAGCAACAAUUGCAACAACUCGCGCAACAACAGAAGCAACAGACUAACGCGGUUGCUGCCCAUGUUUACGUCAAACUACCCAGCUCUAAGAUACCUGACAUUUUACUUGAGGAUGCGGAUAAAAUCUUGUUAAAUCAAGAGAAAACUGCUCGCAAUUACGUCGAGGAGAGAAUGCGGAAACGGAAGCUUGAGGAUGGCGACCAGUUUUUCAAUUUAACUGAUGAUCCUUACAAUCCGGUAUUCGAUCUCUCCAUUCCUGCCAACGUCUCCGCUACGAACGCACCGUUUUCUUCUAUAGCGUCAUCCAAAUAUGAUGCUCAAAAAUCCUAUUACGUCCCGCGGCUCGAGGAUUACCUUGACGGUAUCAGCGAUGACGUCUCAGUCUUUGGAAAGGAUGGCGAUCGUCUAAGCAACCCGAAACACCGCAGGAUAGAGCUCUAUAAUCCUUUCAUGGACAACCGCGAGGUUUAUACCCGCGAGUUGCCUUUCAAAUUUAGAAGACGUGUUGGGCGGUUAGGGCUAGAGUACAUCGACUUGCACAAGUCACAAGGGAACUUUACCCCUCUUUCUAGGUUAAUCAAUAUUACUGAGGUAGAGCAACAGGAAUGCGAAAAUGAGAUAUUGGAUGUAUAUGACUCCAGACUAGAUGAACUCACUAGACUGCAAGACCGAUGGAAGCACACUUCCGAUUACACAAAUUACGGAGCAAAGUUCUCCCACGAGCCGGCACGCCUCAACCAGAUUUCGAACGAAACACAAACCAUUCGUUUUGGGACGAUGCUCGGCACAAAAUCGUACGAACAGUUGCGUGACGCAACGUUCAAAUAUCGCCAAGAGGUUUACCACCAGCGCAGGGUUCCAAAGAGCUCAAUUUCACAAAAAAAUUCCAAAUCAAAGGACUCAUCUCCCUCAUCCAAUGGCAUGUCCUCCGUACCCGCGAGGACCUCUUCUUCUGCGUCACUCAAGAAAAAUGCUAAAACAAAGCCAUCGCAUAUCACCACGGUGAACUAG